AUGCUCGCACAGAUCUCGUUUACCGAAAGACUGGUCCAUGAAAUCGAUUCCUUCAGACAACGCGAUAGUCUUCACAGUGUACUCGUAUUUCCUCCACUUCUGCCUAAAUAUCGGUAUUUGUUUCAUGAGUUGAUUGCAAGAGAUUUCGGACACACUUUUGGAACCGUUUCGAUCGGAACUGAAGGCAAUCGACGACCACUUCUUUACUACAAGUCUGCCAUUGAUUGCAAGGAAAUGGAUUCAAAUGAUGACAAUAUCGUCAAAGAUGUGCCACAAGUGAAGUCUGAGGUGAAACACAAAACUAAUCAUAAAAAAGGGAAGCGUUUUAACAAAGAUAAUGACGGAAGGAAUCGGAGACCAGACAUGAAAUUAUAUGUUCCGCCAAAAGCAAAGAAUGACACGAAUUGUUCCGAAACCCAGACCUGUUCUCAAGACAUAGCCCAAGAUAUGUGCCAAACAGUGGACGGUCUGACACGACUGGAUAUCACUGAUUCUAGUCAUGAGAAGCGCGACAAUUGUGACACUCAUUGUUGUGAUACAAAUACAAGCAAUUCAUCGCCCGUUGAUUGCAUUGAAAACAAUUCAUUUGAUACUAAAAAUUGUUCAGAAGAAGUGAGCGAAGACUUGACUCCACUUAAGGCCACAAACGAUGUGAGCGUUGAAGAGUCGUGGGAUUCACUGUUUGAUGACAAUGGAGAGUGUGUUCAACAAGAGUUUGCGGAUAAUGUUAAUGGUCUGAUCGGUAGUGAAAAAUUAAAGUUAGAAAAGUGUCGAAUAGAUUACAUGAACUUCCAAUACAAUGAACCGGAAAUCGAUGGCUCGGAGUUCGCACACGUUCUCGAAGUGUACGACUUCUCGACUGAACUCAAAACUCAGGACAUAAUGACCUCAAUCUCAGUGUUUAAUUCUCGUGAUUUCGAUAUCAAAUGGGUUGACGACACACACGCUUUGGUCGUCUUUUCCAAUUCAAACUCAGCCAAAGAAGCCCUUAAAUACGUUUAUCCAAACAUUAAGUUACGGCCACUUUCGCAGGCCAUCCGAGACUCUAAAGUGAAAGCUCGUAAAAGUUCCGAGUUUUUGCAACCAUUCAAACAAAGGCCUCAAACGAGCGCAUCAUUAGCGCGAAGAUUAGUGACUCAAUCGCUGGGUUUGAGGGAUAGGAUUACACCCGAACAGAGGGCCGCCGAAAGGAAGAAGUUGGCCGACGCUAAGGAAAAGAGACGUUUGGCUACAAAACAAGUACAAGACGUAUGGGAGGGGAAUGUCUCGUGAAAUGAAAGCUCAAUAAUAUUAAAAUUAGACAAAUUUGUUAAAAACUUUAUUGAUAUGUUAUUAAGUGUUAAUAAAUUAACUCAAUUUUGAUUUACUUUUACAAAUGAAUAAAAACUAAAUUAAGGAAAUGUUAAUACA